CAUCUUUCAGACAUAAAAUCUUUCUUGCCUGCAUCGACUGGCAUGUAGGCAGAGUCUCCAAUGGCUUCCCGCGUGCCCUUAAGGGCCCUCGCACGCUCCAUCCACCACGGUCCUCGGCGGAAAGUGGACGUGUCGCAACAAUGUCGCGUGCAACGACAAGCCGUGUCAACAUACACCUCUCCCUUCCAAGCUUCUCAGAUCUCCAUCGUGCAGUCCGCGGUCGACACGAACAGCGAGCGAUACCGUGAGAAUGCGGCCUCGAUGGGCGAGUAUGUGGAUCGCCUCACCACGCUGCACGCGCAAGCUGCACAAGGCGGAUCGGAGAAGUCAAGACAGAGGCAUACGGGUCGGGGCAAGAUGCUCGUGCGAGAUCGCAUCACGGCCCUGAUCGACCCUGGCACGAGCUUCCUCGAGCUUAGUGCUUUGGCGGGAUAUGAAUUGUACCCUGGCGAGGACGUGCUUGGAGGGGCCAUGGUGACUGGCAUUGGCACGGUGGAAGGGGUGAUGUGCAUGAUUGUCGCCAACGACGCUACAGUCAAGGGAGGCACUUACUACCCCAUCACCGUGAAAAAGAGUUUGAGAGCUCAGGAAAUCGCUCAGCAAAACCGACUGCCUUGCAUCUACCUCGUGGACUCUGGUGGUGCCAACCUGCCGCAUCAGUCUGACGUCUUCCCGGAUCGUGAUCACUUUGGUCGAAACUUCUACAAUCAAGCGCGGAUGAGCAUGAUGGGCAUCCCCCAGAUUUCCGUCGUUAUGGGUCCUUGCACGGCAGGCGGUGCUUACGUGCCUGCCAUGAGCGACGAGAGCAUCAUCGUGCGCGAACAAGGCACCGUCUUCCUCGGCGGCCCGCCUCUCGUGAAAGCUGCUACGGGUGAGGAAGUCACAGCAGAGGAGCUAGGCGGCGGCAAACUGCACUCCGAAAUCUCCGGUGUCACCGAUUACCUCGCCGUCGAUGAUGCCCACUCCAUCGUGCUCGCCCGACGAAGCGUCAAGAACCUCAACUACCCCACCACUCCCAACCCCUCGCAAAAGCCCACCUGGACCGAACCUGUGCACGAUCCGGAAGAACUGGGCGGAAUUGUCGGCACCAACCUCAAACUCUCCAUUCCAAUGCCCGAAGUAAUCGCGCGCAUCGUCGACGGCAGCGAAUUCUCCGAGUUCAAGCCGGGCUACGGCAGCACGCUGCUGACGGGCUUUGCAACAAUCUACGGCCAUCCCGUCGGCAUCAUCGCGAACAACGGCAUCCUCUUCUCCGAAAGCAGCUUGAAGGGAGCGCACUUUAUUGAACUCUGCUGCCAGCGUAACAUCCCGCUCGUCUUCCUGCAGAACAUCAGCGGCUUCAUGGUUGGCCAGGAUGCGGAGAAGGGCGGGAUUGCGAAGAACGGGGCGAAGCUGGUCAUGGCCGUGGCGUGUGCCGAAGUACCCAAGUUUACCGUCAUCGUCGGCGCCUCGUCCGGGGCGGGCAACUACGGCAUGUGCGGUCGCAGCUACAGCCCGCGCUUCUUGUGGACGUGGCCUUCGGCCAAGACGUCCGUCAUGGGACCUGACCAGUUGACGUCGGUGAUGGAGGCGGUGGGCAAGAAUGUCGACACGGGCUUGCGAGACCGGAUUGAGAGAGAGAGUGAUGCGUUGUUCUCCACGGCGCGGAUUUGGGACGACGGCAUCAUCCCGCCGAGUCACACGCGCCGUGUGCUGGGCAUGGGACUGCAGGCUGCGUUGGGAGGCAGUGUAGAGAAGAAGGAGACGAAGUUUGGAGUGUUUAGAAUGUAGGAGGAAGGGGCAUGAUUGCAUUGCAUUCUGUAUAUCUCUGUCUCCCUUGCGACCACAUGUAUGCCUCGGUUGGGUAGUUUGCAUCACUGUAGAACAUGACAAGUGGCAACCAUGUUCUUGACGAAGAAGAUGUGCAAUUCAUACCUUCAGGUUGACAGCUGGAACUCAUGUCAGGCAGAGUGGAGCAAGCGAGGAUCGGCCCAAAGCGGACUGGUCCGUGUGGGCUGGCGGACAGCUUGCUUCCCGACGAGGCCUUAGCGUGGCCCAAGACCAUGGCCCAUGGUUGAAGCCGGACAGACUAACGAGGCACGAGGCUGUGAUUCGCGGAAUUCCCUCGCCGCCGGUGCGCGGGCGGCAGUGCAGCUCUUGCAGCCGAAGCAGCGAGGCGAGCAUGGCGUGCAGCGGGCGCGCAUGGGGG